AUGUUUCACCGAUACAUCUGGUCUGUGACCACCAUUCUACUGGGGACCUGCACUGCCUUUGGGUUCCCCAACCCCUCAGCAGACUGCACAUCAGUACCACUGGUCAAUGCCACGGUGGAUCAGCUACAGCAGGGCCUCCGCCAGAAAUGCUUCAACAGUGUGGAUUUGGUGACGGCCCAUCUGUCUCGCAUCUAUGAGGUCAACUCCACCCUCCAUACCGUCCUGGAAAUCAACCCCGAUGUAUACGGGAUCGCCAUGCGCAUGGACAUGGAGAGAAGAAUUGGACACACGCGGGGACCCCUGCACGGUAUUCCGGUCCUCAUCAAGGAUAUCAUCGGCACAAAGGACAAGAUGCAGACAGCCAUGGGAUCCUAUGCCCUGGUCGGCGCCCAAGUACCAGCAGAUGCAACCGUUGUCACCAAACUGCGCGAACAAGGUAUGAUCAUCAUGGGAAAGACCAGCAUGUCUGAGUGGGCCAACGUCCGAUCAUCAAACUCCUCCAACGGCUGGAACGCCCGCGGCGGCCAAACCUAUGGAGCGUACCACCCCCAGCAGGAUCCGAGUGGCAGCUCUAGCGGUAGCGCCGUCUCGACGGACCUGGGACUCGCGGCUGUGACGCUGGGAUCGGAGACAAGCGGAAGCAUCCUCCUCCCCAGCAGUCUCAACAACGUCGUCGGCAUUAAACCUACCGUCGGCCUCACUUCCCGCUACAUGGUCGUGCCCAUCAGCGAGCGUGCCGACACUAUCGGCCCCAUCGGCCGGACGGUGACAGACGCAGCCCUAAUGCUGCAAGCCAUCGCGGGUCCGGACCCUAAAGACAACUACACCAUGGCUUCGCCCUUUGGAGAACACCUCCCGGACUACGCAGCGGCCUGCAACCUCGCCGGCCUACAGGGCAAACGAAUUGGCAUCCCGCGAAACGUCCUCGACGCGAUGGACCCGACCAACGAAGCAAUCCGCACAGCCUUCAACAACGCCGUCGCGACCCUCGAAGAGGCCGGCGCAACCGUCAUCGACAACGCCAACUUCACCGCAUACACCAACUUCACGCAAAGCAUGUCGCCAUCCAUCGUCAUAGCCGCAGACUUCAUCAGCGGCCUGUCCACAUACCUCACCCAGCUAACCCGCAACCCGAACAACCUACACGGUCUCUCCUCUUUGCGCGACUUCGUCCACAGCCACCCCGCCCUCGAGGACUACCCGUCACGCGACACCAACACCUGGGACAUGGCACUGGGCGCCGGCAUCGACAACCACUCUCCAGAGUUCUGGGCGCUCUACCAAGAGAGUCUGUUUUUCGGAGACGAAGGUGGUAUACUGGGUGCUCUCGCCCGCGACAAUCUCGACGCCGUCAUCCUCCCGACGAUCAUCGCGCCCGAAAUUCCCGCCUUAGUCGGCACCCCGGCCAUCUCGGUACCUCUGGGUGCAUUUCCCGACGGCACGCCCGUCCAAUACAACCCGCGCGGCGACCUGGUGGCCGCUGCCCCCGGGGUGCCAUUUGGGAUUAGUUUCCUCGGAGCCAAGUGGAGUGAGCAGGCGUUGAUCGGGAUGGCGUAUGCGUUCGAGCAGCGGACGCUGGUGAGGGGGUCGCUGGAGAGGUAUGUUGAGCCACGGACGGAGGUGAGGAUGGGUCGAUGGGGUUUUAGUAGUUAG